AUGAUAAACUUCAUAACGAAACACGUUUUCUACAAAUACACUGGCGUCAAUAUUUUUGUUCAUUUGAAACCGUUGGAAGUGCAAGUGCUCAGCAGCAGGCAGCCGCUUAGUUGUGGCAGGACGUACGAGGUGCAGUGUCAAGCGGUGGGCUCCAAGCCGCCGGCCAACGUGACGUGGUGGAAGGACAACGAGAGGUUGACCAAUGCUACACAGACCGUAUCACCGGAUGGCAACGUAACAUCAUCAACUUUAACUUUCCAACCAACAAAAUCAGAUAACGGUAAAUCAUUGGUAUGCCGUGCUGAAAACCAAAACGUACAACAGUUAGAGGAGAUGGCUGGUGGUAAAGUGGAAGACUCAUGGACAAUUGAUGUGCACUACGUACCGAUAUUGAAACUGGCUUUGGGAAUCAACAUGAAUCCAGCAGACAUUGAAGAAGGCGACGAUGUGUAUUUCGAGUGCAAGAUCGAUGCCAACCCACCCGCCUAUAAAGUGAUUUGGAAGCAUAACGGUCAAGUGGUCCAGGGAAAUGUGAAAAGCGGCGUGAUUAUGAAUCAAAAGGACCUGGCACUUCAAAACGUCAAGAGACAGCAGGCGGGUAACUAUUCGUGCUUGGCUAGCAACGUGGAGGGGGACGGUGAGAGCAACGUCGUCCGGCUAACAGUCAUGUACAAACCGGUGUGCAGACACAACCAGAAGCUGACUUAUGGGGUGGCUCGGAACGAGAACACGGAAAUUGUGUGUGAGGUGGAUGCAUAUCCGGCACCGGACGUAUUCAAGUGGACGUUCAAUCGGACAGGCGGCGUGGCGUCCGAAAUCGGCAGCAACGAGGUGGUCCAACACACCCGACCGGGUGGAAGCGAUAACGGAAGUGGCGGUGGAGGUUUGUCUUCCGGAAAGCGAGGCAAACUAUCGUCGGUGCUCACGUACAGUCCUUCAGUCAUGGGAAUGGGCGGCGGUGGUGGAGGCAGUGGAAAUGGAGGCAACGUUGGAGACAACGAUUACGGAACUGUCACUUGCCGCGCUUCGAACACCGCCGGACAGCAAAUCGAGCCUUGCGUUUUCCACGUGAUCGCAGCCGUGAGACCCGAUCCACCAUUCAACUGCACUUCCGGUGACCGGACACUGUUCUCGGUGCGCGUAUGGUGCACUCAAGGGUUCGACGGCGGCGUCUCUCAACGCUUCGCCCUGGAGGCGUACGACUCGGCGGGCCGCGCUGGCGCCGCCGACGGAGGGCCGUAUGGUCCGGACGACGGGUACGGCGGGCCCGCGGUGGCCGCAGACGGACCGGCGCCACCCAUGUUGGCCAACCUGACGGCCGACCGACCGGACUUCACGCUCCGACAGCUGUCGCCGUCCGUCGGGCUCCGGUUGGCAGUGUACGCGUACAACUCGCGUGGUACCAGCGACCGCACGUGGCUUACCGCCUACACACUCAACUCGGCCGACAAGCAGACCACUUCCGGUUCGUCUGCCGUGGGAGCCGGUGGCAACGACCGUUUCCGGCUGACGCCAGUGGUCGCCGGCCUUUUGGCCAUCACCAUUGUGUCAGCCGUGGCCGCAGCUGCGGUGAUGUGCGCCCUCCGUGUGCGAUCUCGACGACACCGGAACCAGCGUCGACAGGACUUGUGUGGCGCCGGAACUGGCAGCGUUAUGGGUGGAGGUAUUGGCGGUGGAGCUGCCGUAAUCGCCGUGUGCAAGCAGAAAGCGGACGACGACGACGACGAGUACGCGGCUGCGGCAUCGGACCCAGACAAAAAUCCAGACCUGAUCCCGCCGACGAAAAUUAAAAGCGGAAGCAGAGGCAAUAUCGGAUACCGUGUUGUCCAACAACAGCCGAUGAUGGGAUUAAAUGACAACGAUGAUGAAAACUUGGAUGCUGCCGAAUCAUCAGACGAUGAACGAUCCGGUUACCCGACACUUCCGGUCGACGGUAUUGGCUCACGCCCAUCCGUCAGUUCACUCCGACACGUGAGUCCACUGCGCAUUUCAUUUGAUAAUACGUCCAUAGUUUAUACCGCUACAUCAGUUGGACCUGGUUAUAGCAACAACGGCUAUAGACCUGAACAACAUAUGUCGACAACCAUAGCGGUAUCGUCCCGGUUACCACCUUACCAUCAUCGGGAAAUCGUUACGGUCCGAACUCCAUUGAUGUCUAGCCAACAGGAAAGCUGCGUUUAA